CCUCUAUAUAUAAGAUUAUCAAUACACUGUCCUAAGCAACAUUACCUCAAACAACAAGCAAAAUCAUCAACAUAUCAAGAAUAAUACACAACCAUGGCUAAGUUUCUUGUUCUUUUCUUGAUCCUAACAGAAACAUUUGUGUAUCUGGUCAUGGCUGAAAAUGCAACAAAUUUUGGAAGUUCUCCUGCUUCUAGUCCAUCACCUUCGAUUAGAAAACUUGGAAAACAUCAUCAAGAAGAAGAAGAGAAGGGCAAUUUGUCUAAAGAAGUUGGUUCUCCACAUCAACAAAAGAUUAAUGAAGUUGAUCAAGCUCAUGAAAUCAAGAUUAAGCAUCAUCAUUCAGUUGAUAAGUCAAUUUUUGGAGGUGGAAUAAUUCUUGGAGGUUUAGCAACAACAUUCUUUGUGGCAAUCUUUUGUUACAUUAGAGCAACAAGAAGGAAACAUGUUGAGCCUAGUUCCCCUAGUGCUUCUUCCUCAGCAGCAUAAUUGGACAGUUGAUAUUAGAGAU